AUGAAGGCUGCCAUCAUCCUCGCCGCUGCCGGCCUUGCUGCCGCUGUUCCUGCCCGUCAGUGGGCCCAGCGUGCCACUUCUGCUCUUGUCCCUCGCUCCCGGGGAAGCAAGCAGACUGUUCCCAACAUCCGGCUCGGCCGCAACGAGACCAGCAACGUCCAGUACUCGAGCAACUGGGCUGGUGCCGUGUCCAUCGGCACCGGCUACAACCAUGUCAUCGGCACCAUCACCGUUCCCGAGGUCAGCGGCGAAGACGGUGCUGCCGCCUCGGCCUGGGUCGGCAUCGACGGCGACACCUGCCAGACCGCCAUCCUCCAGACUGGUAUUUCCUUCUACGCGGACGGAACCUACGACGCCUGGUACGAGUGGAUCCCCGACUACGCCCACAGCUUUAGCAACUUUGCAGUCAGCGCAGGAGACCAGAUCCAGAUGUCUGUCGAUGCAUCGUCGACCACCAAGGGUGUCGCCACCCUGUCGAACCUGAGCACCGGCAAGAAGGUCACCCACACCUUCACGGGGACUCCUUCCACCCUCUGCGAGACCAAUGCCGAGUGGAUCGUCGAGGCCUUCCAGGAGGGCGGCAGCCAGGUCGAACUCGCCGACUUUGGCAAGGUCACCUUCACUGGAGCGUCUGCCUCGGGCCGCAGCGGGACCACAACCCCGGCCAAGAGCCAGAUUCUUGACAUCUCCCCGGACAAUGGCAGGACUGUCCUCACCAGCUGCAGCGCGGGCAGCAGCACCGUCACCUGCUCCUACGUCGGUAACUAGAUGGAUGGCUGAGCACGGCCUGAGGUUGAACACGGGCAAUAUUGACCAUGGUCAGUGAUCGGGGGGUGGAAAGAAGGGUGGCAGGUGAAACUGAUCCAGUUUUGGAUACAAAUAUUCUCUUCUUGUAGAUACGAACUUGAAGUUGGCAGAUGGCGGAGGUGUAGAUAUGAGUAUAUAC